CUCGUAAGCCCACCACCACCUACCGCUCUCGAUGCGUCCCUCCAAGUCCCUCCGGGUCCCUCCGCAGCUUUCCGAUCCUCGACGUCGAAGCCAGGAACCCCGCGAAGCCGGCUCCAUAGUGCCGCGGUGCCCGCUAAUCAAAUCGCGCAUUUCGAGAUCCCGCGGCAGUGCAUCUUCCUUAUCGUCGUCGCAAUCGCGUCGCGGACAUUCGUUGACCUUCGCCUGAGAUCAGUCACGAUCCGAAUGUUCGUCGCGCGGAUAUCUCCGAGAUUCAUCGAGUUUUUCGGGUGUAUGAAGACGCGGCCGAUGUACAGUGCGUCAGCGAUCGCGCGUCGGGUUCGUUGACGGUCAGUGGAUUGGUGAUGAAACGCGGUGGGGACGAAUUAAAUGCGAGCCGAACAAUUUGAACGUUGAUGCAUCGGUGCACCUUUUACGGCGAUCGUCUCCCGAGCAUAAAAGGAGAACGGUAAGAUUGAUUCGAUCUCGGUCCCAUCGAGGGUGGAACAUCGGACGGAAUUCGAAGGAUUCCGAAGAAAAGUCGACGGGAACGAUCGGAAGAAAGUCAUUGGCAGUGGACAGAGCCGUAAUCAUCGUCGGUUGAAUGGAGGCAGCCCGAUGACGAACUCGGGACAGGUUCCACGCUGAGGGGAGAAAAAAGAAAAAGGAGAGCGUGGCAGGACGAAAAUCGCGAUUCAACAGCCGUGGAAUUCAACGUUUCUUACCGAGCGACGGGGCGCGACGCGCAUUCGCCGCCCGGGACGAAAAGAUACCCGCGACGCAGCGGCAGCUACGAACCGUCCGAAAGUAUCGCCGCUACGUGAUUCAUUGAGUUUUUCUCUCUACCGGCAUCCGGGAUUUACAUCGGGCCCGUUCGCCAUUUCCAUUGACACGCGUGUAAAAAACGCGGCUGCCCGCUGUUGAUCAGAGACGACCGGCGGAGAUAGACGCGCCUUGCACAGAUUAGAAGGAUUGGACGAACCCUCGUCGUGCUCAAAAGUGUUCAAUUAAAACUAGAGAAAAGACUAGAUCGUUGAAAUUUGCGUUUUAAAUAUUAACAAGAAUCUGCAGAAAUUAUUACAUUGUUCCAUUGACUGAAUUCUGUUUACGUUCGACAGAAAUUAACGUAACACCAGUCCUACAUUGGAAUCUUAUUAUUAGACUGCGGACUUUAUGCAUUUACAUAAUUACAGAAUUACGUAAAAAACAACAUAUACAGCGAACGAAAUUUGCAUAAAGCAUCGACAGCAAAAUGCAUAGCAGCGUGUUUUAAAAAACACUGUUACUAAAUCUUACUUCUUAAAUUAAUACCAGGAAGAGUUUUAUUUCACAUAAAAAUCUGCCGUCUACUUAUUAUAGUUCUCAUCGGUACGUCUGGCGUCAGUUAUUAAUGCAACCGCGGGAGCUUUUCUACGCACUUUGUAACGAUCAUGAAAUCAUCGGGCGUGAAGCACGAAAGGUCUCGCGAGUAGAAGAUCCGAGGGCAGACAGUCGGAGAUAAUCCCGGUUUCGCAGGAGGAAAACGAUUACGGCGUAAGAAAAACUAGUUGAUAAAACCAAAGAAAGAAUUGGCCGAGCUGUAGAUGCGAUUUGAUAAAAAAAAACCGUAGCGAUGAGGGCGGCGUAGCCAAGGUUAUGGUCGAGAUAAACCGGGACCCGUGGACGGACUGAUAAGACGCGGGCCGUCGGCUGCGGAUUACGAGAGGGAUCGCAGCGAGUACGCGGCUGGCUUCGGCUCCGCUCGGACCCUCGUCGAAAACUCGUGCUGUUGCCCUCUCGGCCAGUUCGACUCUCGAUCCCGAGCCGAGUCGGUUCGAUCGGUCCGAGCGCUCGAAGCGCAAAAAUCGCAGUAUCUGACCGAUGCCGAUCGUUUGACGCGUGACGAGGUUUUCCACAAAACGACUUAAGUUUUGCAUGACAGAAGCGAGUCAUCAUUGUCGAUUUCGUCAUCGUCGGCAAGACAAUUUAACAAAUUUUGUCCACAUUGUGAUGAAGCAUUUGUGAUUUUCAUUCGUCGUAAUUAAAUAAGAAAGAAACUGAAACGAACAGAAUUUCGUAGUAUUGGUGGUGAAUCAAAAGAGAUUCCCGGGAAGACGCGAGUGUUCAUUGAUCAUCGCGAGGGCGGUGUAAACACGGCAGAGGCGCGCGCGUAAUCCGCGAGCUUUCCUCGCAGCAUUGCCGGUAAAUCGCGGUUUUUCUUUUCACUGAACCCGCUGACUAUUUACAAACGGGCUAUUCAACCAGCGGUGCUCGUAAACAUUCGUAAGCGUGCUCGGUAGUCGCACGAUCUUCCAGUGAUCCGCGAAACGUCGUGAAGUGGUGAAUACGCGACCGAACUGACGAACGGCGUCCCAGCAGACGAGCAAAGUCAUCGGAAGGUGACAAAAGUGAGUGGCUCUCGACGAAUCGAUCGUCAUCGUUGUCUCGCUUCGCGACAACGCCGACGAGAUUACAAAAGAACUUUGAACGUUCAAUCGAUAAAAACUCUGAGAAUGUUUACUCGUUUACUCGAACAUUGUUAAAACUGCGUACCGAGGCAUAUCCGGAAACGAGACUGGGUAUCGCUCUACAGACGAUUCAAACUACGAUACUAAUGUUGCGAGUGAUAUCACCGACCAAGACUAAUGAAAAUUUCAUUUGUGAAAUUCAGUGAACAGUUUGCGGUCAGAAUUAAGAGAGCAAGGCUAGAGAACAGUGACUGAGAAAGGAUCCCGCGAACGGAGACCUUCACGAUUUAGACUGAUCCAAAGACCUCCUUAAAAGUACAUCGACGAGUACGUUCGAUCCAUUGGUAAACACGAUCAUCGUGUAAUUUCCUAAUCGAUGCUAAAGGGAGACCAGCCGGUGACGAGGUGACGAGGUAUCGCUAACAUCGCCCGGCCGUCGCGUCGCGUCGAUCGGCAUUCCGUGCCGGCAUCCGGUACCCGGUUUUGCACUGGAGCUGUACUUGCCAUACGCACCACUGCCGGGAGGCGGCGGGAUCCUCCCGGCGGUGAGCAGCGGGCCCGGUUCAGGGGGUUGCCGUCCGGUGCUGUUGGGUGGCGUCGACCUGUCGAUGUCAGCCGCGGUGCAGCCGGUCCCGACGCUGCCGAGCGGUGGUCCGCCGCCGCACAAUCCGCUACAUCAUACGGCCGGUGGAUUGACGUUGCCGCCGUUGGGCUCGGCGCCGGUUAUGAUGCCGCGGCCACCGGCGAGCACCAUACCACCGUUGGGCCCGUCGCUACCACCCCCGCACCAGGACGCCGCGGACCUGGCCGAGGCUGCGCCCAACCAGGACGUCCUGUUGGCUCUGCUCGCCAGGAACAAGAACUUGGAAGAACGGAAGAUCAAAACACCGAGCUGUUUUCCGAUCAAGGAAGAACAUCAGUUAAACUUCGAUCGGUAAAUCGACGCGCAUUCCAAACAUGAAUGCGGAGUGGGAACUCGA